AUGCUCGGAGGUCAUUCAAAUAACAGAGCGAAUGAAGUUAAAGAGCUGGGUAGCUUGCUCGUGGGACUCGCGAACGAUGCGCAGCACCAGGGAUUGGAUAUCUCUGGGAUCUUCAGACAGAAAGUCUGCCACUUUACCGGACAUCCAGCAUUAAGUUCUAGAGCUAAUCUAUGGAAAAUGACGAGCACCGAAAGACGAGAUAUCAUUUCACUCGCCAAGAACGGAGGUAUCGAAGUUAAAGAUGGCCCACGCCCGACAGCGGAAGAUACAACAAGUCGCCCGGACCAGACAUGGGAUGUUCUAGAACAGAUAUCCUAUGAACCCUCAAGCGCUCGCACUCUACAGCACACUGAACCCGCUCUACGUCCUCCACAUAUUCUUGUUGAAGACGCAGCGUCGGAGUUGGAAAACAUGAGGCGAGCUAGGGAUAACGCAUUAAUAGAAGUAGAGGAGCUUAAGCAGCGGGUCGGGUUGCUCGAGCGAGAACGAGAUGACGCAAUAAAGGCUUGUAAUAAUCUCAAGAGCGCCAAUCAUCGUCUUGAAGGCAAGAUUGAGGGAAUGAAAGAUGUAGUCACCACUAUCGCCCAAAAAUAUCGAUAA